AUGCCUAGCAACCGAUCAAGUGAAAUUGAGCAGCUCCAAGCUACUGUGGCUGAGCUCCAAGAAAUGCUGCUUAGCAGUGGAAGACAGUUUGACAAUUAUAGACUGCCUGACCCGAUUCGAAACAUGUCUGAAUUCACAGGCAUCAAAAAGGAAUUACCUGCCUGGCUUGAAGAGCUAGAAGAAAUAUACCAAAUGUACUUAGUGAAGGGAGAACACAACGCUCCCGACACGAUACCCAGCCACUAUAUGAGGGCUAUUAAAAAUAAAAUAAAAGGUGAUGCGCGCACCGUUCUAUGCGCAAACGGAAAUCCUAAUACCAUACCUGGCAUAAAACGGGUUCUGUCGGAAAUUUAUGGCGAUCAGAAAGAUCUAGCCACAAACUUGUCUCACCUAUUUCACAUGAAACGAGGUGAUAGAAAUAACCAUAAAUUUUAUACGGAUGUAAAAGAAUUAUCCACAAAAAUCAAGAUGAACCUAUCGCUUAAUCCACUGCAAACAAAUGAUCUGAUUGAAAUACUAAUAGUUACCAAAUAUUUAGACAACAUAGGCGAGCCACUCGCAUCCAUAAUAAGACAAUCCAAACCUACCACAUUAGAAGAUGCAUACCAAUCGGUAUGCAUCAACCAAAACGCUGAGGUGCGAAAUCGCCCAUCAUACAGUAAAUUCCCACGACAAAAAGACAACUACAAAGACAAACCGAACAGCAACGGCGAAACGAAAUCCAAUCCCCCUCGCUUCAAACCCGCGGCAAAACCAUUUCAUAAGAACAAAGCCGAAGUUCACAAUAACGAAGUGAACGACGACACCGACAACGACAAAGACAAUGACGAUGACGAUGACACUUUAACAGAUUCCACGGGAAGAGUUACAAGACAAUUGGAACAAUUUGAUUUUAAAAUAAUUUAUAAGAAGGGCAAGCAAAACGUUGUUGCUGAUGGCCUUUCAAGGAUUCCACGCACAGAAUUGAACCUAAACGAAGAACUAUCUAAUCAAUUUUUCGAUAAUGACCCGAUCUAUGGACCAGAGAUCAUUAAUAAAUAUGCGAACCAACUACUUAUUUACAGAGCAGAUGAUGCUGCAAAGAGUCCAUACCUUGCGUGUAUGGUUUUUCCAAACCAUUUUCGUCAUGUAUUUCACAAACCUGACUAUACGGAAGACGACAUAAAAGACAUUCUGACAAGACACUUAGAUCCGACGAAACUAAAUGGUAUUUUUGCCGACCUGAAUAUUGCCCGAAUGUGCCAACACAUUAUCGAUACAAAUUUUAAAAAUAUUAAAGUUCAUUUAACUAAUAUCAAACUUCCAGAUUUAAUUUCAGGUACCGAUCAGAACGAAUUUAUAAGAAAAUGUCACAGCUUCAAUCAUCGUGGAUACAAACUAACAUACGAGGAAGUACAGAAGUCAGUCUUCUUUCCCCGCAUGUUGGCUAAAGUGAAAGAGUUCGUCAAAAACUGCGAAUCUUGUAAAUUUGCUAAACUAUGGCUCUGGCUUUGGACAACGACGAAUGGCAAAAUUUUAGUACACGAUUUAGACAAGAGCCCGGUAGCAAUCAUACAUUUAGGAAAAGCUUAUGUAAGCAACAAUUAUUUUAGGAUACUGCACCGAGUAGAUCUCAUUAAAUUACAAAACUCUGUUGAAACACUUUUAUAUCAUGCAAAAACAAAUAUAGAUUCAGCUGAUUUCCUAAGCGUAUUAAUUCAAACUAAAGUAACGAAACUAGAACAGACAUUUUUGAAAUUAAAACCCUCUACUAGAGUUAGAAGAUGGGAAAAACUAGGUUCACUUUGGAAGUACAUUUCAGGUAGCCCCGAUGCAGAAGAUUUAAGGAUUAUAAACUCAACUUCAAAUAGUCUGAUAAAUGCGAAUGAAAAGCAAAUCAAAAUUAAUCACAUAUUCGAAGACAGAAUUAAUAAAUUAACAGAAAAAGUGAAUAACGUAACAAUAAUACUGAAUAAUACAGCAUUGAAAAACGAUAAGGAUUUCAGAUCAGUAGGUUUGCUCUUUUGCUUAGAUGAACUCACACAACAAUUAGAAGAUUUAGAGGAGGCAAUAGUUUUGGCUCAACACAACAUCCCAAGCAGCAGAAUUAUCAAUGCAGAGGAAAUCACGAGAAUUCAUCAUCUUCUGGAAGGAAACAAUUUUAUAGCAGGAGCCUUGGACUUCGCUAGUGCAUACGUGGUUUCAUCCAAGGAAUCCAUUGCCUACAUACUGAAGGUACCACGAAUCAAGGAUGCUGAAUAUGAUCUCAACUUCAUCGAACCAGUUAUCUUCAAUAACUCCCGUAUAUCCAUCUCAACCAACUAUUAUCUACAAGGUCCGUCAUCUUUUGCGCUAAAAUCCCUCUGCGAAAUGAGUAGAAACGUCUAUGUAUGCUCAAGUACGCAGCUUGAACCAAUAACCAAAUGCAUUCAACAAUUGAUGAGAGGUGAAUCAGCUACAUGCCCAAUGGAAAGAACCUACACCAAUGGUAUUAUCAAACGAGUCGAUGACUCAAACGUGAUUAUCAAUGACGCGGAAAUAUCAAUAACAUCGAACUGCUCAUUGAAUCAUAGAAAACUUAAGGGAUCUUUCCUCGUACAGUUUUCAAACUGCACACUUUUUAUCAACGACGAAAUGUACUCCAACAUUAAUAAAGAAGUUCAACUGGCAUCAUUCGUUCCAACAACGGGAUUGACGGUAAAUUUUACUACGAUUACAAACAAAUUCCCUAUAGAAUACUUACAGAAGUUACAUCUGGAACAACGUGGUCAUAUCAAACACAUCAAUCUAAGGACAGAUAACAUCCAAUGGAAACUCGAACUCUUUGGGUGGACAUCGUUUGGAUUCGGUUCAACAAUAACAAUUAUUUUCAUCGUAGCUCUAUCAUUUUGGAUCUGGAAUAGACUCCCAUCGAGAUCAUCAAUGUCGCAUCUAGAGGAACUUCAAAGUCAUCAGAACCCGGAAGAACCAUCGGAACCUAACAGACAAACUCGCCCGAAGAUCACUAUGGUACCGCAAGCAUAAAUCCAGAAAACAGAAAGCCGAGGACGACUUUCAUCCCAGGGGGAAGCCGUCAGGAAAAGCAACAGGCGCAUCACGCCACGUUUCGCGCCAAUGAACGAGUUGAUAGCUAAAACUAAUAAUCAGCAUUUUUAGGCUAUAAAAGAGUUAGCGCCAUGUGGCUCAACCUCUUUUUCGCGUGUAGAUCGGUGCAGUGAGGUUUAAGUAUUUGACUUUAAGAAAAGUGAAUAAUAAAGUGUUUUUUAAAAACU